UAUGAUGGCGUGUACUUCCGGCGAGUGCGUUGUCAAAUGUCAAAAAGCAAUACCGGCAAUGGCAAAAAUGCGAUUUUGUUUAAUAUUUUUACUUCACAUUGUUAUAACAUGCAAUAGUGCCAAUGUUGAUACAAUAUCAAGUGAUAUAAGAAUAAAAAAUGUAGACCGAACGAUAGAUAUCGCGUCACAACUCGUAAAAGUUACAUCGAAAAUAACCCUGGAGAACAGUGGUAAAUCGCCGGCAAAGAGCUUUUUGCUCGCUGUAGAAGCUUCAGCACAGAGUAAAAUUGCACAUGUUGGAGCUAAAGACACCAACGGUAAAGAUCUUCGUGUUACAGAAACUACUGUAAAAGGGCAAAGCAAUGUUAAGUUUUGGCGUGUUGAACUGAAAGAAGCUAUCAAUGCAGGGUCGACAACUACUAUCAGUGCAGAAUCUGUGUUCACGGGAGCUCUACAGCCAUACCCUACUGCAAUUGGACAGCAAGAAGAUCAAUUGGUCAAAUACAAUGGAAACUUGUAUAUCUACUCACCUUAUCAAGUUGUCUCACAGAAGACAAAUGUAAUUCUAAAUACAAAGAACUUAGAGUCAUUCACGAAGGUGAAACCAUACUCACAGCAAGACGGCGCUGUUCUUUAUGGUCCAUAUACAAAUACAGAACCAUUCACUGAGAAAGAAUUAAGUGUUCAUUACAAGAAUAACUCCCCAUUCUUGACUGUAACUAGAGUUGAGAGACUCAUUGAGGUUUCUCACUGGGGCAAUAUAGCCAUAGAAGAGGUGAUUGAAGUUGAACACACUGGAGCUAAGCUCAAAGGACCUUUCUCUCGGUAUGAUUACCAACAAGACCAUCACAGUGGUCCGGCAAGUGUCCGUUCCUACAAAACAGUACUACCUGCCUCUGCGUCUGAUGUGUACUAUAGAGACACAAAUGGAAACAUUUCCACUUCUAACAUGAAAGUGAAAAAGGACUCUGUUGAGUUGGAUCUCAGGCCUAGGUACCCUCUUUUUGGUGGGUGGAGAACUCAUUACACUCUUGGUUACAAUGUGCCAAGCUAUGAGUAUUUAUACCACUCGGGCAAUGAAUAUUUGCUGAAGAUGAGGGUAGUAGAUCACAUAUUUGAUGAUAUGCAAGUUAAUGAAUUAGUCACAAAGAUUAUUUUACCAGAAGGUUCUACAAGUAUAAAACUUAAUGUUCCAUAUCCAGUGACCAGAUUGCCUGACAGUCUCCACUACACUUACUUGGACACUAAAGGGCGGCCAGUCAUAACAUUCACUAAAACCAAUAUUGUGGAAAACCAUAUCCAGGACUUCCAACUGCGCUAUACAUUCCCUCGCCUGCUGAUGUUGCAGGAGCCACUACUUGUUGUUGGUUUCCUUUACACUUUAUUCUUAUGUGUUAUUAUUUAUGUAAGAUUAGAUUUCUCUAUUCACAAGUCUGAACAUCAGCAUAAAGAUUAAUUUUUAUAAUAUAUUGCACUGUAUGAAUGUUAUCAUUUCACAUUUAUGUGUUGCAAAUGAUGGUGUGUAGAAAUAAAAUUCUUUUAUAACAAUA